GCUCAGCAUGUCGACCCACCGCGAGGCCAAGUUCCCGACCAAGGACUAUGUCGAGCCCACCCCGAUGCCGGCGUCGGUCCCGCACGUCGACGAGCUCGGCGUGACCUCUGCCCCGCUCAAGUCGGCCUCGUUCUUCAUCGGCGAGUACUGCAAGCCCUACAACGAGGACUUUAUGCUGUGCAAGGCCGAGAGUCGGGAUCCGGCGCACUGCCUCGCUGAGGGCCGGAAAGUCACGCGCUGUGCGCAGGACCUCAUCGCCAAGGUCCGCUCGACCUGCCUGAAGGAGUUCGACGCGCACUGGCAGUGCUUGGAGCGGAACAACCAGGAGUUUUACCACUGCCGGAAGGAGGAGCGCGUGUACAACGGCUGCGUGUUCGAGAAGCUGCAGAAGCUGAAGAAGGACAUCCCGGGUUCGCCAGAAGGCAAGCCGCAGAUCCACGACAAGAAGUGGACCGUGUACGGCGCCAUCCAGAAGUAGACAAAACCGCGGCUCCUCCUCCUUGUCGCCGUCUCCCUCCUCGUUCCCGCCUCUCCUCGUCCCCUCUUCCCGAUUCUCCUUCCUCUUUCCGGCGCUCUCACAGCCGCCUCUCUUUUGUGUUCCUCGUUGGGUCGGUGGGUUGUACGAGGCGAGCGCGGCGGCGGUAGACGGCGAGGAGGCGAGGAGGGAGCACGAGCCGCGAAAUGCAGCGCAUUCAGUCGA